AGAGACCAGUAUCAGUGUGGCAAGCGCUGCCAAGUAACUUGCCGCGCUCGGCAUAACGACUUAACGUCUUAAACAAACGAUUACUCCUUCGCGAAAUCAUUGUUUUAGUUUAAAAAAUGAAAUUAAAGGUAUUGUGUUUUGCCUUGCUAUGGAAUUACGCACAUUCGUCCUGCCGUACGCCACUAGGAGUUGAAAGCGACUGCGUGUCUCUAUACAACUGUCAGCCGCUAUUGUCAGCCUUCGAGCAACGUCCACUGCCCGGGAACGUGGUCAGCUUCCUGAGGCAGUCCUCGUGUGGGUUCGAUGGUUAUGAGCCCAAGGUGUGCUGCGGCCCCUUGCCUUCUCAGCAGCAGCAACCGGCUCAACCUACGCAAAGACCUAGACCGACGCGCCCACCCAGUUCCAACGACGGCCAGGUAACUUCUGUAGAGGACGAAGAUUCAUCUCCAUCCCCCAGCGGCGAAUGCGGCGUUGACACCAAUGGAGACCGGAUCUAUGGCGGCCAGUUCACCGACCUCGAUGAGUUCCCAUGGAUGGCUUUGUUGGGGUACAGAACCCCCAACAGGACGAUAACGUACCAAUGCGGCGGAGUCCUCAUCAACCAUCGGUACGUGUUGACUGCGGCACACUGCGUCACUGGCGCCAUCAACCGCGAAGUAGGCACGCUUGCCACCGUCCGGCUUGGCGAGUAUGACACCCAAAGCGACGUGGAUUGCGUGGACGACUCAUGCGCAGACCUGCCGCAGGAGAUACCGGUGCAAGCUGGCUUGCCGCACCCCGGCUACCACGACAAGAACAAGAACAGGGCGGACGACAUCGCUCUAGUUCGGCUAGCACAACGGGCUAAAUAUACUUACUACGUGCAGCCUAUCUGCCUGCCGGACGGCCGGGCGCGGUUGGCGGUGGGCAAUGACGUUUACGUCGCCGGCUGGGGAAAAACCUUAAACGGACGCAACAGCCCAAUCAAGCUGAAACUGAAACUACCCAUUUAUGAAAAAGACAAUUGUGCUCAAAAGUACCGCACAUUGGGUGCUGAGCUCGGAGACAAGCAAAUUUGUGCUGGAGGGGUGUUCUCGGAAGACGCGUGCAGAGGUGACUCCGGAGGCCCUCUUAUGAGAGCCAAGAGCAAGGGAGUGUAUGAGUCCGUGGCCGUAGUGUCCUUCGGCUAUGGCUGCGGCAGGGAUGGGUGGCCUGGAGUCUACACUUCUGUAGCAAGUUACAUGGACUGGAUUCGUUCUACGAUGCGGGAAAAUAAUGUUUAGAAACUUAUGUAUGAUUGUUAAAAUAUGUAAAUGUAAAAUUUUGUCAUUUCAGUCAGUCGGUGUGACUUCACUUAACUAUACGUUACGUACUUUUUGAUUGUACGAACUGUGUUCGUUCAAGUGUGAAUGACGAAAGUUUACGCAUUAAUCUCAAAUUUGUGAUAAUAUUUAGUGAAUCGUAAACUUUUUGACUAUUUAAGAAUUAAUUGCAAUUUGGUGAUAAUAAAUUGAAAAAUAAAUUUUCAUAGAUAGAAGACAGAUACUUUUCUAAAUAGUAUCAAUACAUGACACCUGUAUUUUCUAUACGGCUAAUUGUGUCUCAUAUUAUGAAAUUUAUACCUAUGAGUUAGAAUUAAGUAUUCGACUUUCCUGUGAACAUCAUAAAAUAAUAGGAUUUGAAACUUCGUAUAUUUACUUUAUCUUUAUCAGCAUAUUAAAACCUACUUCUUUAAAUUUGUAUGAUGUAAGUCUUAGAAAAAUGUUACAAAUAUUUUUGAUACUUAGUUAAUAUUUUAUACAUAAAUAAAAUGAGCAGAUGACAAAUUUAUACAUAAAUGAAAUGAGAACAUUUGAAAGUGCUGUAGAUUGAUUUUUUUGUUAACUUUCAAUAAUGUUAUAUUAUGUUAACAAAGUAACUGACUUAGAACCAGCCAAUAGCGCUUAAUUAAAACAAAAGUCAUCGAAGCAUUUGUAAUGUAAACAUAAAUACGCCAGACAAAAGCCUAUAAAUUUAUUGUCAAAUAACAGAACCUUGCAUUGAGAUCCAAUGUCGUGACCAGUAAAAAAAUAAUACUAUCAUAAAAACAGUUAAUUUUACUGUAACAACAACAAUCGUUAAGGAUGAUUGUACAGUCAAGGUGCUCACAAAUAUCUGAACACGCCUCUAUUGUCAAGGAGUUAGAGUGCGCGUUCAGAUAUUUUUGAGCACCUCGGCCGCUCCGAUAUAUCUGAUGGCGACUGUACAUUGUAAACAAAUAGUACUACAUUGAGUUUACUCGUAUUUAGGUAAAAUAAUGUACCUAUUGAUAUUAAAAUUAUACUUACAGAA